UUGGCGCGCACGGUCUGCCAUUUCAUUCGCACCCGCACACAGCCUGCUUAGCCUUUCCCACAUGAAAACGAAAAGCAGCCACUUGGUGGAAAUUUUGUGACCAUUGUGCUGCGCUUAGAAAUCGCCCGAAUUCGCGUAGCCACACGCCGUUCGAAAGAGGAGAGUCCCAAGAAUCUUUUGCCACCGUCCGCGUGAAAAUCGAAGCGCCGCAAGUCCGCGAAAAAGGCCACCGAAAAAGGGCCGCCGCUGUGAGUGUGUGUGACCAGAAGAGAAAAAAAAUGCCCUGCCGCUGGAGGUGAAAAAUGCGCUCGCCAUUUUGACUCGGGCGACAGUUUUUGUACAAGUGCGCUCGCCGUCGUCGUCGUCGUGGUCGUGGUCCCCAUCCGGAUUCGCACACGUGCCCCAGUCCGUGGGUGCAGUUCGUCCGCCCACCCAUCCACCGCAGCCGCCCCCUCCAGUUUUUCCCCCGUACACACGUUGCGGCCACGGGCACGUAGCACCGUUUCGUUUUUGUUUUUGGCGGUCCACCUGGUGAGCGGUAAGCGGUAACGAAAACAACAACAACAACAACAGCUGCCCCACCAACAAAAAUGGCGCAUUCGACGGGCGGCACGGUGAAGGCCGACGAGGUGAACUUCUUCUUUCGGGACGAGCACGGAAAAAUAGCCAAGAUGCUGAAGCCGGCGCAAACCACAUCCGAAAUGGAGGGCGGAAAACCCGUGGCCGUCGUUUAUGCCACCGGCUCAUCGGCGCGCAACAGCGGAAAUGCCAGCGGCAUUGGCAACGUGGGCCGCAUGGGCGCCUUCAGUCAAAUGGGCUCCAGCAAUCAGGGACAGUUUAUACGGCUGCAGGACAACGGACUGUCCAUUCCAAAAACAGAAGCAGGUACUACCUACACCACCGUUUCGGCGCAGAGAACAACGGGCGCCAGCAGUGGACUUUACGAUUUGCCCAUAAAGGGGGAUCGCUAUGUGAAGUUUACGCCAAAUCCCAUGAAAAUGAAAUCAAAACUCCAUGCCAUUCAGAGCAACUCCUUGCACUCCAUGUCCGCCUCCUCAUCAUCCGUACAAAGGAAACGCAAGCCGGACAAGGCGGGCAAGGGGUUGCGCCACUUCUCGAUGAAGGUCUGCGAGAAGGUGGAGGAAAAGGGCAAGACCACCUACAACGAGGUGGCCGACGACCUGGUCAGCGAGGAGAUGAAGAACAAUGCGUACGACAACAACUGUGAUCAAAAGAAUAUCCGACGUCGUGUCUACGAUGCGCUCAACGUACUGAUGGCAAUCAAUGUUAUCUCCAAGGACAAGAAGGAGAUCCGCUGGAUAGGGCUGCCCGCCAAUUCAGCCGAGCAAUUUUCUGCCCUGGAGGAGGAAAACAGUCUGCGCCGCGAGCGCAUCAAGCAGAAAUACGAAAUGCUCCGCGAAAUGAUCAUGCAGCAUGUGGCGUUCAAGGGAUUGGUCGAGCGGAACAAGCGGAACGAGAGCCAGGGUGUGGUGCCCUCCCCCAACGCCUCGAUCCAGUUGCCGUUCAUCAUCGUGAACACGCACAAGUCCACCAAAAUCAACUGCAGUGUGACCAACGACAAGUCCGAAUAUAUAUUCAAGUUCGACAAGACCUUCGAAAUGCACGAUGACAUUGAGGUGCUCAAGCGCAUGGGAUUCCUUUUGGGUCUGGAUAAGGGCGAGUGCACGCCGGAGAACAUUGAGCGAGUUAAGGCCUGGGUGCCGCCAAACCUCGGCAAAUACGUGGAAGCCUACGGCACUGGCAAAACUGGCGAGACCAUGUACGAAUCGGACGACGAGGAUAAUGAGUUCAACGUUUACCUGGAUUCGGCCAAUGAGUCGCAGAGCUUUGCACAACACUCGGCACAACACACCACCGAUGGCGAGUUCAAGCUGGAGAUGGACGAUGACGAGCUGGACGACGACAUUGAUUGAGCUGACGGUGCCGCCGACAUUGCGCCAGAAAUGGCCGAUGCGGA